AUGGCCUCAUCUCGACGUGCUGCCAUCUACAAGCCAAAGCCGGAGGAGCUGUCUGCUAUCAUGAGUUUCACUCUCAUUGCCGACGCUUGCAGCUUCGGACUUGUUAAUCGCUGGGUAGAGCACAGAUCUUCCGACCAUUCCGCCCGGUUCAUCUGGCCCGGCACUCUUCCUGCCCGUCAAAGCAUAUCUUCAAGAGGACCUGACUUGAAGGCAUACAUUCGCACGCUUCACCUGAAGUUCGUCCCUCAUCUCACAACCACUACUAUGGAGAUGAAUCAAGCAGUGGCGGCUGAGGCGACAGAUGUGAAGCUGAUGUCACUCAUUGUCAGUUUGCCAGAGUUGCGGAGACUUCGCCUGAGUGGCAUCGAGAAUGCAGCCUGGAGAGGUCUGAAUUGGCCUGCAAACACGUCACAAGAGAGGCAAAGCCGUGCCGACAUCAUGACCGCCAUUGUAGACGACUGUACCGACUGUGCGGGGCGCUGCAGUAAACUACAGCGUCUUGAGCUACACAAACUGCACGUCACCUCCGCGCAGCUUGCAACGCUGUUAACGUGGUUCGCGAUGCCAAGAAUAACGACCCUACUUCUCUCCGACAUCACUGUUCCAGAGAAGCAUGUGGAGGUCAUUCUGAGCCGCCUACCACUAUUUGACAAUCUGGAGGAUCUGACACUUGUGCGACUCAAUUGCUGGCCCCUGACUGCAUUGAAGCGGGUCAUACGCUUUAUUGCGUACGGCAAGAGAUACUAUAAGACCUUCAGAGCUGUGGAUGGAAGGGGCGUCGAGCAGGUCGGGCGGGAUAGUGCCAAAUGA